AUGGCGUCCGCCGUGUCUGUGAGCGCUAACGCCAAAGAAAAACCCACAGACACAGCGCACGGCUUCGUCUCUCGUCCGCUUCAUGAAAAUUACGACCUCGCUACAACCCCUGACCAUGAAAAGUGGAGGCCCGGAGAGCGCUGGCAUCCGGAGCUCGAAGCCGGCGAGGGGGUCGCGACAGGGGGACGCGAGGGUCAGCGGAGGGCUGACGAAGACUUGACGCCUCUUAGCCCACAAGAUAUUCAGACUCGCUUGGAAAGAACUCGGCGGGAGUUCUACAACCGCAGAAAGAUCAUCAUUAAAAAUCUACCACCUGACGUCAGCAAUCAGGAGAUCCAUGAACUGCUGGGGAACUAUGACCUGAAAUACUGCUUUGUAGACAAAUACAAGGGAACAGCUUUUGUGACGUUGCUGAAUGGCGAGCAGGCGCAGAGUGCUAUCAAAGAGUUCCACCAGUACGUGCUCCGUGAUCGGGACAUCUCUGUGCAGCUGCAGCCCACUGACGCCCUGCUGUGCAUCGCCAACCUGCCGCGCUCCUUCACCCAGCAGCAGUUUGAGGAGCUAGUGCGCCCGUUCGGCAACCUGGAGCGAUGCUUCCUUGUAUACCGGGCAUCCAGCGGCCAUUCUAAGGGUUAUGGCUUUGUUGAGUACAUGAAGAAGGACUCUGCGGCCCGGGCCAAGUCGGAGCUGCUCGGGAAGCAGCUGGGCUCGCGCAUGCUUUACGUGCACUGGACCGAAGUGGGCUCGCUCACGUACCAGCUGCUGCACUCAAAGUGUAUCUGUGUGGACCGCCUGCAUCAAAGUGUUCUGACUGCCCAAGACCUUCGCAACGCACUAGCUGAUGCCCCCCCUCCUGUCUUCUGUCAGUUGGCACAAGGACAAGACGGAAGUUUUCGGCGCUUUGCAGUAUUGGAGUUUGCCACGGCUGAGAUGGCUGAAGAGGCCCAGCAUUUGUCAGACGGUCUGUUGUUGGGUGGCACACACAUUAGAGCGUCCUUCUGUGCCCCUGGUCCGCCUGGCCGGAGCAUGCUCGCCGCUCUGAUUGCAGCCCAGACCAUGUCUGUGAACAGGGGCAAGGGUCUCCUCCCAGACCCCACCGCCAUGCAGAUCCUAUCAGGCCUCAACAACCCAGCUGCUCUCAAGAUGCUGCUCAACCCACUGUCACACGGCCACAAGCAAGGUCUCCUCGGAGCAGCACCCGCCAUGCCGCUCCUCGCUAACCCUGCCCUCCCAGCUGUGCUGCUCCAGUUACUGCUUCAGAAUCAGGCGAAAGCCCAGCAGCAAGCAUUUCUGGGAAAUCCUCUUCUUUGGGCUCAGGUGCUGCACAGUCACGAAGGCCCUCUAGUGCCCUGUCCAGGGCUCCUGGCGGAAAAUCCUCUGGGCCCUCUGCCCGUCCAGCAGGGAAUCCAUAUGCUUGGAGAGCUGCCCCAAAACGGUGUAGUCUCAGGUCUUGACCCAUUGCCUCCGUUGAAACCGGCGUCUCUGAGCCGAGCGAUGACGAGGGAUCAGGAGUCUCCCAGCUUCCCGCUGACUCCCUCUCCCACUUUGCCGGGUCUGUCUGUGCCCCUUUUGGGUGGCAUGAUGGGACCAGACGGCCUCUCGGCACAGGCGGUCUCUAUCCUAGGAGACCCAACCAAAGAUGUGACUCCUCCCCAGAGCUCCUUUCUCUCUGUCAACAAUACGUUUACUUCAGAUGCCACCUGCAGACCUCACCCAUAUAGGAAGAGACCUACAUUAAGUAACGUGUCCAACCAGCAUCCCAGCAUGCACCCCAACUACAACCUACGCUAUCAGGACUCCUACAGUGCUGAGUAUCCUCCUCUCCACCAGGAUCAGCUACAGCACUUGUAUGAAGAACAGGAAAAUUACCACAUGGGGGACUUGACUGGUUUUGGACAGCAGCUCUCUCGUCCAUCAGACUUGAGCCAGCACCACUUCACUUUUCCCCCCAGUCCACCCCCGUCCUCAUAUUUCAGCUUGGACGCCUCCGCUAAUGGCUGCCUGCCUCCAAGCCAGCUCAACAGGGCUGUGGGGAUGCCUCCUGUGAGCCACACCUCUAGCUAUCCUCCAGAUCUUGUCAACAUGAAGACCCCUAUCGGGAGCCACAAGCGCGUUUUCUCCCGCCUCAUCCCGUCUCCGGAACCCAGCCCCGAGGGUGGCUACGUCGGCCAACAUUCUCAGGGCCUGGGGGGCCAUUACGCUGACUCCUACCUGAAGCGCAAGCGGAUCUUCUAA